AUGGCAGAUGAGAAUGGCCGUCCGUUUGAAGGCAGUCAGUUGUUGCGCGCCCUUUUUCUAACCCCCCCUCAAUCCCCUGAAUACAAGGCCUCCUCCGAUCAAGACAAGCCGUAUCUAGUUUUCGGCACCGCGAUUGGAGUUGUGGAGGGGACCGUUAGCAUUCGGGACGCUCGACCGACGUGUACACCUCCCGGUGAUCUACGGGGCCCCGUCUUGGCGAUGGAGGAAAAUCCUCAAGAGUUCGCUUCAACGUCCAUGCGGUUUAAGGUAAUUCACCAUGAGAGCAUGUUUCGCCGUCGGGGCAAGCCUCUCGGACCCGCUCCGUUCGGUAGAGGCUUCGCCACGACCCAGGAGUACAUCCAAGAGCUAGAGCGAGAGGCAGACGAAGAGCUUGGCGCCGCUUUGGACGCGACGGAGCGCUUCGUGAACACCACGUAUUCCCCCGUGGUGCAGACGGGCAAACAAAUGUGUUCCUCGAGGCUAGUUCUCGAAGACCGAGUCACGUCGCUGUUUGCUUCCGCCUUUCAGCUAGACUUUCACAUUGAUCAGGUGAAAGGCUUGUAUCCGACUAAUCCGGCCGGCGAAGACCUUCCGGGAGUAGUGCUUUGUCUCGGACCCAGCUGGAGAUCAAUUGGGUCAUUUUUCCAGAAGGCUCUAGUGCUGCCGGCGCCAUCGGCGGACAACGUGGCCUCGCUCUCCCCGCUACAAACGUGGGAGUACGAUGAGAUACCCUGGAUGGAGGCGCUGAAUCCUAACGUCGACUGGAACGCGGUGGAGGAGGCGUAUCUUGUGAACGGUGCGGUGAAAAUCGUGCAUAUCGACGGGUUCUUCUCACAGAAAGCGCUAGCCGCCUUGCUCGACAUAGCCCACGGAUCGAGCAUCUUCGUCGACGUCAGGGAAAAUUACCUGGGGGCCUACCCCGGCGAAGGCAUGAGUCAUCCUCUCCUCUACCAGAUCGCCGAAGAAGCGGCGGUUCGCCUUCCGAGGAUCCUAGGACGUGACACUCCCGGCUGGCCACUGGCGCAGACGUGGUUCUACAUCUACGGAGGGAACGAUGGAGAAAGAUGCAUGCGCGGCAUAAGGGUGCAUGCUGACACCGCAGAAAUUAACUUGAACAUUUGGUUGACGGACGACUCCGCCAACCUGGGCAGCGUCGAGACGGACGACGGCGGAGGUCUGACGGUGUUCCACGCCAAGCCUCCAGGCGACUGGGGCUUCCAAGAGUUUAACCAAGACCCCGACGCCAUUCAAGCCUUCCUUGAAGCAAACGAUGCCGGGAACACUUCAGUCCCAUAUCGGCAGAACCGCGCCCUUAUGUUCGACUCCAUGCUGUUUCAUCAGAGCGACCCCUUCCGCUUCAAGAAAGGUAUUUUACGGCUUGCGACAAAGCUGCUUACGUGUUUUGGCAGCGUGCACAUCCGAGAGAAGGAACAAGCUAUCGUCGCACAAGAUUUAUUCAUUACGGACUGA